AAUAAAAUAUAAAAUAAUUAACCAAAAGCGACAUUUUGGUAUUAGUUAUGGACAAACACAACAGUUCAGAAUUAUUGCAUUCAAAUUUCUCGCUGUCAAAAAAUGCAAGUUCUGAUUCAUUGGAUUCUGACUCUAAAUCAAGUUCAUUGAAUUCUAAACACGGCCAAGAUUCCCCUCAUGUACUAGGUGACAUACAACUAUUAGAAGGAGAGAAGGUAAAGGAAUUGGCUCGAGAUGUAACCUACCUAUGCCCCUAUAGUGGACCAUCACGAGGAGUAUUGAAGGUCACAAACUAUCAAUUGCACUUCAGACCCACUGAUGCUGCCACACUCCAGGGAACUUUGAGUGUGCCCCUUGGUGUUGUUUCUCGCAUAGAAAAAGUGGGAGGGGCAUCAUCUAAAGGAGAAAAUUCUUACGGAAUUGAAGUGUUUUGUAAGGACAUGCGAAACUUACGCUUUGCUCAUAAGCAAGAGAACCACUCAAGACGUGGAAUAUUUGAGAAACUCCAGCAACUGGCAUUCCCUCUCUCACAUAGACAACCAUUGUUUGCUUUUAGUUAUACAGAAAGCUUUCCUGAAGAUGGAUGGCAUGUGUACGAGCCUAUUGCUGAGUUGAAAAGAAUGGGAAUAAACAACAACGAUAUGUGGCGUAUAACUACUCGCAUAAACGACAAAUAUGAAGUGUGCGACAGUUAUCCGUCUGUGUGGGCCGUGCCGGCAGCGGCAGACGACGAACUAUUGCGAUCAGUGGCGACGUUCCGAUCCCGAGGACGGAUACCCGUGCUUGCGUGGAUACAUCCCAGCUCCCAGGCAACUAUUACGAGAUGCAGCCAGCCUUUAGUUGGUGUGAGUCGGCAACGCAGUCGGCAAGACGAGCGGUACAUUCAGCUGAUAAUGGACGCAAAUGCGCAGGCUCAUAAAUUAUUCAUCAUGGAUGCUAGGCCUAGCGCCAAUGCCAUCGCUAAUAUGGCUAAAGGAGGAGGUUAUGAGUCAGAAGAUGCGUAUCAGAACGCCGAACUAGUAUUUCUGGAUAUUCACAACAUUCACGUAAUGAGAGAAAGUCUCCGCAAGUUGAAAGAGCUUUGCUUCCCACAGAUUGAUCAGACUAGAUGGUUUAGUGGUAUCGAAGCUAGCUGCUGGUUGAAACACAUAAAAUGUAUAUUAGCAGGGGCGGUGCGGAUAGUCGACAAGGUCGAGAACCACAAGACGUCCGUGUUAGUGCACUGUUCUGACGGCUGGGACCGCACAGCACAGCUGACAGCGCUCAGCAUGCUGAUGCUCGACCCUUAUUACCGCACGCUGCGCGGCUUCGAAGUGCUCAUCGAGAAGGAGUGGCUGUCUUUCGGACACAAAUUCCAACUGCGAAUCGGUCAUGGCGACGAGCGACACUCGGACGCAGACAGGUCGCCAGUGUUCGUGCAGUGGGUGGACUGUGUGUGGCAGUUGCAGCAGCAGUUCCCCACAGCCUUCGAGUUCAAUGAGCGUCUGCUAAUCACCAUCGUUGACCAUUUGUACUCUUGUCGCUUUGGAACCUUCUUGUUUAACACUGAACGUGAACGGGUUAAGGAGGAAGUAAAAUCCAAGACAGUGUCGCUAUGGUCAUACAUAAAUAGCAAGCAGGACUUAUACCUCAACCCGCUAUAUUGGGGCCCAUCAUCGUUCACACCAAACACCCCGCCUGCAGCUGCACCUUACUCGCGCCCGCAGACGGUACUCGUGCCCGUCGCCUCGCUCAGAGUUAUCAAGCUGUGGAAGGCAUUAUACUGUAGAUGGAAUCCUAUUAUGAGGCCGCAGGACCCCAUCUUCCAGCGGACGCGCGAACUGGUAGCACUGCGCGCGCAGUUGGAGGCAGCUGUGGCGGCAGCGGCGGGCGACCACGCAGCGCGCCAGCACCGCCUCGGACUUACGCCGCCGCGAGUCGCCAGCCCCCACCACGUCUGAGAGUUAGCCAUUUAGUUCCUCCAAUUUUCAACCUAUAUUUGUCCCACUGUUGGGCUCGGAGCAUCUUAAUGUAGAUGGCUACUACAUCCAUCGAAAAACCAAACGAACGGUUAUUUUUAAAAAGAAACGCUUUCCAGAAACAGUUACAAAAAAAGCCUUUCCAAAAAAAACUAAACUCCCUGCGUACUUUUCCAGGCCUAUAUAGAACUGGUCGACGAAAUGUUCAGGCGUCCUGUAGGCGAUCUAAUUUGUCAUAGAAAUAUCAACUUAAUGCAUCUACAAUACAAAUGCAUAUACAAAGAAGCAGUGAAACGCUUUCGAACGAUUCCUAAACAGUUUCUUAAAACUGUUUUCGGGACUUUAUUUUAUAAAAUGUAACCUAAGUUAAUACAAUAAAGUCUUUUGUUCUGUAACGCAUGAUUGGAACGAAUCACGAACGAAUAAACUGUUUUCUUUCCAGUCGCACACAAGUAACGUAACGUGUUUUCAGACGUCAUAAAUAACUACAUGCAUACAUAACUUGCAGUACGAGUCCGUUUGGCUUUCUUAAAAUGUCGUUUCUUUAAUAACCGUUUCAAAAACCUACAUGAAAGCGUUUUUUCGUUACUUUGAAAGAAAGUGUUUCUUGAAACUCUUUUGGAAAAUAACGCUCAGUCCUAAUCUUUAACAUGGAGAGGGUUUUAGGUCAGUUUCAAAUCUGACCAAGUGCGCGUUGAGCGUAUUUUAGAACAUUACAUGCUUUUUUUUGUCUUAGUAUGUGCGACGGGUUUUCGCCCCGCAAUUCCGUGUUCGGGCUUUUCGAGCUUAUUGUUAAAAGUUUUGUAAAUUAGUGCAGCAUCUACGUUUACUUUCAAGGCAUAGCUCGACUUCUAGACAUAUAUUUAUCCAAAGAAAGAAAAGAUAGUCUUUAGCUAGACUACCUUUAGGUAGAUUUAUUUUAGAUUUAAUCAACAUCACACCUUUGGGUUGUCUGUUUUGAGUUUUACAGAAGAUGCCAAAACGUCAUUGUAGCUGUAAGUGUAUAAUACUUCUUUAAAUUACUCAAUAAAGCCUGACUAGUUACUUUUGGUCCCGGAAUUUGGUGGCUCUUGUAUUGAUUUGUGACUUCAUUAUACUCGUGGUCAAUAGAAUAAAUAAGUCCUUUAAAAUUGUACAAUAUCACGAGGGUCUAAAUAUCACUUGUCAGCCUUUGGAUUAUGUUGCUAGAUACGUAGCAUGUUUUUUCAUGCGACUACAUUUACCUUCUUGAAAUCAGACAAACAGCUUCGGAGUCUUUCGAGAUUUACCGCAACAGACGAGCAUAAUUUAUUUCUGCGAAUGUGUUUAAUCCGGUAUGACGUCACAUCAACUAAUAACCUUAAAUAUGUAAACUGUUAAGAUUGUUAGCUGAAAAAAAAUGUGUAAUAAAAUAUCACAUAUACUUUCGCCACAUACGGCUAGGUAACAUUGUCCUAUUUUAAGAUGUUAAGAGUUUCUCCACCGCGGACGUAAUAAGGAACAUAUGAACCGACUAGCUUGGUCUUGGCGCAUUAAGUACGGCUUCCUUAUUUUAAACAUUGGUUUAGAUCGUUCAUAAGUAGUACCUUCACAUAGAAAAUAGGAUAUUCUGUUAGCACUAGUUGUUGCACACACUGUAUAGGGAAGAGUAAUUUCUGCAGUACCCUGGUUCAAACUGUAUCAAGUUAUGCAAUAAACCUUUCAAUGAAGAAAGUUUGGAGUUUACCCAGGCUAUCACACGAAACAGCAACUCAAAUAAUGUAUUAGAAUAAAAAUUAUAAUAUCAAAUAACAAAUGCAGAUUACCAAUGUAAUCCAAUCCAAAAAUCAAUCCGUAAAAGUCGCGUAGCUUCGAAAUUUUGAUUUAAGGGCUGCCCACUACGGUCUGUGAUUUUAAGGAUCAGGUCUGCUGUUACGCAAAUCGUCCGUAGCGGUGCGUGGAUCAAUGCAUUGCGAAAAACGGGAGGAGCCGGUGAGCGGCGAUGGGAAGUUAUUCUGUAAUUGGUUAAAUUUAUUAAUAUGAAAAGGGCGGGGCCAGUGCGUGUCUAUCCAUAGACGUCUGCUGUGUGAGGAAAUAAGUAAAUUCAGACCUUGGCAGGCCGCCUUAUGAAAAUAAGACUGUACUACUAUAUCUUGGUAAUAGGACUGUAUCAAGAUGUGAUCUGGGGUCAGAACCUGAAUUUAAAAGAUUCCUGUGCACGCACGGGUUAUGGUGCCCUUCUCGUAUACCCUAAGGGUGGGUAUGGAAGGUCACUAUAAUCAAAACUAAUGUAUAUAGUGCUGUACCAGGAUGUGAAUUUGAACCUUAACGUGAAAAAAGAGAUUGAUCACCAUAGCGAAAGAGAUCGGUCAACGUACACUCCCCGAUACAGUUCCAUCCGAUUUUAUUUCUAAGUUCGAAUCUAAAUGUGUAAGCAAUAAAACAUGUAAGUUAUACGUCUUCUUCCAAUAUUUAUUGACCUCUGUCUCAAAAGUAUAAAAGGUUUUUAUUCAUAAUAACUACACCAUCAUAACAAUUGUGCUCCCAUUUGUUGUUGUAAUGUUACUAGAUAAUCGAUAAUUUUGCCUUUAGUAUGAAUGAAUGUUAUAUUUAAAUACUAUUAUUAACGUCUUUGUUAUUUAUACAUAAGCGUUAAUAUUUUCAAAAUGAUGCCGAACCCCGUUCAUUCUUUAAUUUUCAAUUAAUUUUAGAGAUUAGGGUUGCUAAAACCGAUGUUUUUUGUGUUCUAAAUGUUAUAUUUAGUUAUUUUCGAAUGUAAGAACAACCCUUAUAACUAUUUGAAAAAAAAAAUGUUAAGGAUUCUUAAAAAACAGCAUUUCAUUAUUUUCAUAUUUGGAUUAAGUAAAUAUUUAGGCUGAAUUUACUUAAUAUACAUUCUCUGUGUAAUAAACUACGAUUCCAAAAAAUUGCAUUUGUAUAAACUAACAAACAAUUUGGAACGAAAUUUGAAUUACCAAAAAUGCAAGUUUCCAUCGUCGUUAACG